CAAGCAUCUCCUGGCAAUGGGAAUUCUAAAGGUUUAUCCACUCAUUUGUCCAACAAAGACAUAAAAAGUCAUUGUACCAGGCACUACUGUAGUGCUUCAGAUUAAUCAGUGAACAGAAAAGGCCGGUGGAGGGGCAAGUAUCAUUCCCUCAUGGGCAGAAAGGCAUUGUUUCUACUGAUAUGAAAAUUGCAACCUCCUGGGGCUAGCCACUGCAAGAAGACGUCUUAGCGGCUGUCCUGAUGACCAUUGCUGCUCAGGGUAAAGGCUGUUCCAUCUGCAGCAGACCCAGAAUGGAAAACAUGUGCAGCAAAGCCACAGCAGACCUGGGAAAGACCCAACAAAUGAGGACAACCACCCAUUGGACCACUGAGAGAGAGCUGAGAGUCACGGCAGCAACGUAACAGAGCUUAUACAGACUGUUUCUGAACCCUUUUCUGGAACGUCUUAAAGUGCUGGCAUCCUUUCCAGGAACAUUUGAGUUUAGCCUUGAAAAAUGAAUGGGAGCUUGAAGCAAGACACAUGGGAGAGUGGUUCCAGGAAUUAAAGGCCCAGAGUUGGAAGGCCUGCUUCUAUUUUGAAUCUCUAAACUGGGAACACACACCUUUAAUCCAGAUCUUUGGGAAGACCCACCUAUAAUCCAGGCCAUGCCUUCUGCUAGAGGCCUUAUAAAGAACAUGAAAGAUGGAAGCCUCUGUCUUUGCCGGCUUGUUCUCCCCUUGCUAGCCAGUAUCUUCCCCCACUGGCCUUGCAUCAGACUUGAUUGGGAUUCCAGCAUAUAGUGAAGACCACCUUAGACAUCCAGCCUUGUGAAAUAAACAACUACUGGACUCUUGGAUAUUUUGUUCACAAGCAACCACUGUUGGAUUAGCCAGACAACAAGCUGGAAGAAGAGAAAGCCUUUCAGUUCAACCUGAGCAUGGAUUCAGAAACACCCCAUCCAGGCCCUUCCUGUCAACUGCUGGACCUCCCCACUGGACCACAGACCACCUCUGUCAGGACAUUAGGAUCAGAACCAAGUAAAAAUGAGCAGAGGUCCAGCCAAUCAGACAGCAAUUCCAGAAAGCACACUGAAGAAUCAGCUCAGAUGGUGGAAACACCCAGGAAAAGAAGACGCUCUUCCAAGGACUCCAGCCUGGUCAGAAUAGGAAAUGAGGGCAGCUUGCAUGGGAAAAAGAGACACAAGACUUCAGUAAAGAAGACUGAGCCAAAAGCCAAUGGUCACCAGGAUGGAUUAGCCCAUUGCCCAGAACCUCAGGAUACAGACCCACCACCCAUUCGGAAGAGCCUGGUGAGCUUUCUGCGGGGGAAGUCUGAGGAGAUUUAUAGAGACACAGUCCAGAUGCAGGCCCAGAAGCUUGGCUCCCUGCUCACCCCUGAGCAGCUCUCUCAGCUCAGACAGCUCUCAGAGUCUCUGACUGCCAUGGUAUACAGCCUUCUACAGCAUGGCCAACCAGGAGGCUUUGCCUUCCCUGCUGAGGGCUGGCUUGUCCCAGCCCCCAUGGCUGCCCCUCAGGAGCUGUCUGGCAAGGAAUCUCAGAGUCCUUUGAUGGAGGGAGGAGAGAAGAUAACAGAUCCUGCCAUCCCAUCAGACAAGUCCUGAGCCAAGGCCAUGAGACCAUCCUAAGCAGAGUCACAUCUCGAGACACCAAAGAACCGUUCCAUCUCCCUGUCUACACUGCCUGUGGCACUCACCCUCUCUGUGUGAACAUGUAACAGGCACAUCGAUGAGAAGAAGAGUUUGAAAUGCUUAUCUGGAUUAUGAACUGUGUUUCUCUGGGACCUAAGAUUCAAGUGCUAAAUGCACAGUCGAUCCGUGCUUCCUUUGGAUAUUUUGCUAAGUGUGUGUUAGAUUUGUAUACUUAUAUUGUAGCGUGGCAAAUAAAUACUGAUUUACCAGAAAAAAAAAAAA